UACCAGCAGCGCUCCCGUCAAUGUCACCCACGUUCAUUUAAAGCGUUGUCGAACUGUAUCUACGACUCUGCAAGCUACAAUAAUAUUUUGAGAUAAAUAUGGACGGAAACAAGGACAUAAAUUCAUCAGCGACAACAAACGAAGACGGCUACAUCGACGACUACUCGCAUCUCCGACUGUCGUACUACCAGCAGCGCUACGACACGCACCUAACAUUCACUGAUAGCCUCAAUUCAAUGUCAACUUUCGAUAACGAAGAUCGCUUGUCUGAUAUCGGAGAUGAGUCACGGAUUCGAGUGCCAGAUGAGCGAGGGAAUAUCCGUAAGCAUUGCAUAUCAGAAAUUCCGGAGUUGCCGCAUCCGUCGAAGACCGCCGCGGCCGUGAUAGCGUCGAUAUCCCAUCGCAUGGACUCCGGUCAGCCUAAAUUUAAAUAUGGAAGUCGCGUCGAAGGUCAAAGAACCGUGCCCCCAACUUUUGCCCCUGACCGACGCUCCACGCUGAAGCCUUCGGAAAUUGCGAGGAACAAGUAAAUUAGGUUAGGAUAGAAGUACUUAUACAGUGUGUUAGUGUAAACACCGUUACGCGCUCAUUUGAUGGCUUCAAAGAUAACGGUGUUUACACUAACAACUUGUAAGUAUAUUUUAAAAAUCAUGUGAAACUUCAUAAAAAUCAAUGUUAAGCUCUAAUAAAUAUUAUGUAAGUAUA